GGGCAACCAAUGAAGGCGGCUUAGGGCGGCGGCAGGAACGGGAGGGGGGAUCCGUCUUCCUCGCCCUCCCUCCUCCUUCCCAGGAGCUGGCUCUCUCGCUUCGCUGCUGCUCGCGCUCCGUCUCUGCUUAGCCGUCGGCCCGGCUGCGGGAGCGGGAAGCCGACGCCGCCAGUGCCGCAGCCAGCCAGCCGGCGGGAUCAUGCGUUAAGGCGCACGACCAGGGGGCACUGCGGCCGCGCCGGGAAGAUGAACUACCUGGUAAGUGGGCGCCGUCGGGAGAGGCCGAGCGAGCCCUCAAGUCUGCCAGAGGGAGAGGAGAGACCCGGGGAGGGAACGAGGCUGGGCGGCGGGAGGGUGGGGGACCGACGGCUGACUUUCUCCGCCUGGGAGCAGGAGGCUGAGAGAGAGCCCCCUACUCGGAAAGCCACUUGGAGGCGAGUCUUGGCCGCGUCCGUGGUCGGCUGGGGGGACGCGCUUCCGACUCGAGCGCCGGGCUUUCGGCUGGCCGGCCCCUGUGGGAAGCGAGCCUCGGCUUGCGGCGGCCCCGGGACGGACGUGCCUUCCCGCCGGGGCUGCAGCCGGGAGCGCCCUGACGUGGCCGCCGAGCCCCGGCGCAGAAGCGCCUCUCCAGGCAACAGGCGGAGCGGGAGGAGCAGGAGGGCGCGGGCUGCCCCUUUCCCUUCCCGCUUUUGGGGAGGGGGCGAGAGAGAAAGAAAAGGCGGGAGUCCUGGGGUGUGUGUGUUGAUGCUGCCCAACCCCCAUGUUAGGAACCCGACCGGACACGAGAGGGCACUUCCCCCUGUCCGGGAAAACCAAAGCCUGUUCUUGCCUCCGCUCCCAAGGUCGGGGUCGGGAUCAAGAAGGAAAGAGCAACAUCUUUAGUGUCCCCCCUCUUCUUCCCGGGGAAGUGAGGUGGGCGGGACGUUGCGGGGCUGCGGGCUCGGGGAGAGUAGCUUGCCCGAAGCCAGCCUCCCCCUUUCCGCCUUGGGCCUGCUGCGGCAGGUUUUCCGGUGGCCGGUGGGAACCGAGGAUGACUUUGGACGGGGGUCUAGUUUGAGGCUAAAACUGAGCGCGGCUUCUCCCGGCUGAAGGGGACGCAGCGACGAAGAGCUGUGUGGCACCCGAAAGGCUGAAAAUAUCCCACCCCCAGCCUCUUCAGGGCUGCACCACGGACAGGGCAAGGUUCCACUCUGCAGUGUAUAUUGACCCCCAGAUAAUAACUAUUCCCGGGGCCCCUUCCUUUGCUUACCCCAAGUGUGCAAUGAAUGGAAGGUAACCCCCCACUCCUGAGCACCCCAAGAGCGGCAGAGCGGUUCUAGAGCCAAGCCCCAUGAAAUUUGUGUUGUGGCAAAUGCUGUUUAGGCCUGGCCUUGGGACAGGUAGGGUAUUAGUGUACGCUGGCACCCCCAAAAUGUCCCUGAAUCCCAUUGGUCUGGAUCCAAUCCAGCAUUUUGGGAAAAGUGGAUUAUUAUUAUUUAGAGAGAGUUGCAGUGAUAACUGAAAGUAAAUCUUGCUAGUUUCAAGGUGAGAGCUGGAUAAACUUAGGAAGUGUGUGAAGCAUGUAUUUGUGGACUCUCCCUCCCCCAAUGAUUCUGCAUGUUUCCCCCUUCCCUUUUAUCCUCACAACAACCCUGUGAGGUAGAUUAAGUUGAAAGAUAGGGACUGCCCCAAGGUCAGAUAAUGAACCUCAUGGCAGUGUAGGGAUUUGAACUGAGAUCUUUACAGUCCUAGCUAAAUACUCUUAAGUACUACACCAUGUCGGCUCCUUUGUCUUUGGGCAUUAUGAUUCCCCAACUCCCUGACCUAUACAUGUAGACAUAUCUGUCAAUUGAGGGUAAUGUUUCAGGCAUCCAGUGAAAGAGACUAUUUCCUGGGGAAGCCUUAAUUAUGCUGCAGUGCUAAACAUGCUUACUAGGGAAUAAACCCCAUUAAAACACAUGUAGGAUAGUAUCGUUAGUCUUGAAAGUGUGCAGUUGUGUGUGUGCUGAAUUUUUGCUUUAAUACUCAAAUGUGGUGAACCCUCCUGGAAUUUACCAUAACAGGUCAGGUGGGGUGAAAUGGCUCCUGAAUAACAUUUCCUGAUGAGUGUUUUUUUGCUGUUGCUCAGAAUCUGAGGUGUGUGUGUUCCCCCUUCUCCCUACUCACAUUGGUCAUUUGUGGCCUUCAGUUUUAUUUUGCCAUCCUCUGUAGAACCUAGUUUGACUUGCUUUCUUGGCCCAUCUCGCUGUGCAGGCACUUGCACUUGUUCUUUUGUUGGAAUGCCAAGAGACUGCAGACUGGUGUGGGGUGAAAAGAGGUGAUGGAGAGAUGCCGGCUUCCCCUAGCCUGGUGCCUUCUAGAUGUUUUGGACUACAACUCCCAUCAGCCCCAGCAUGGUCAGCCCCAGCAUGGUCAGGGAUGAUGGGAGUCCAGCAACCUCUGGAGGUCUACAGUUUGCCCACAGCCAGCCCCAAUGGGAAAGAUAGAAAUGUGUGUAGAAACCUCCCACUGAACUAAAUGAGAUUUUGAAGUGCUUAAGUUCAGCUGCUUUGUUUAUAUGUUCUGACAUCAGAGAUGCCUGCAAUGUUUUGUUCAUGAAUAAGAAGAGAGAAAUCCUGUUCAAAUGAGCCGUGAUAAUUGGCAAUGCCAGGAAACAGCUCUGUUAUGACAGAUUUCACUAGAGCCAAAUCCUGGCGCUGGUCUAUGGCCGCUCGAAUGCUACGGGGUGUAAAAUUUCACAGUCCCUGAUCUGUAGUAGGUUCACAGCCUGUAUACUCUGGAGCAAUCCCUACUGUGCUCAUCUGGGUGUGUAUUCUGGUACACAUAUGAGGCUUUCAUUCGCCCUCUUCCUUGCUGGAACUCCUGGUUAUCUAUAUUUGGUGGGUGUCCAGACCUCCCGGCUGUUGUGCAAGAUUUGCUGGAGGGGACAAAUGCUGUGAUUUGUGCAUUUGAAAAGCUCUGUCUUAUGGAGGCAGCCAGUUGGAGGUGGGAAGGGCUCCCCAUGAGCCAUGCAUGUUUACAUCUCUCUGCCUCUUGUGCCAGUUGUUGGUCCUGGCAAGGAUUACGCCCAAGGAGUCCCACGGCUGGCUGUUUCAUCUCCAUCUCUGGGAGCCGUUGAUCCCACAAAGUAAUAGAAAUGGAGUGUGACUUUGCUCCAAGCAGAGCCUGAUGGAGCCAGACCAUGGGAAUGCUUGAGGCCUGGUUAGCUGGCAGAACAGAAGAAAGUUAUGCCUGGUCAGAAUGGAAACUUGGCGAGGCCUGAAAUUAGGUGGUCAGCAGGAGGAAGCACAACUGCUGAAAAUGUGUGCCUGUGUUUGAUGCCCUGUGGCCAAACCGUCCCUGAAAUCAUUUCUGUAGUUUUCUGUGUGAUUCAAAGCUUUGCUUGUUCUCUCUCUCUCUCUCUCUCUUUCUCUCUUUCACACACACACACACACACACACACACACCACCUGGAUAUACGAAAUCCUCCUACCUGUUUGAUUCUUGUCACUAACUGGGACUGAUGGGACUUGUAGUCCAGAACGUCUGGAUGUCACCAAUUUGGCAAAGGCUGCUGUAUGAGCAGGCUGUGGACUGUGAGCUCUGCUUCUGGUGUCAGAGGCAGUGAUGCUUCUGAAUACCAGUUACUGGGAAUCACAAGUGGGGAGAGCUCUGUGGUACUCAGCUCCUACUUGUGGGUUUCCUAUUGGGGGCAUCCAGUUGGCCACUAUGAGAACAGGAUGAUGGACCAAACAGGUCUUUGGCCUGAUCCAGCAGCCAAGCUCUUCUUAGGUUGUCAUGAAGACUGCCUUCUGGCUGCUUAGGGGUCCUUGUGAAAUGAGUUUCAGGCUUGCCAAUAACUCCCUUUUUGUUACCUGGAAGGCCUAGGAGCGCUCUGGUGGAUACAUCUCCCAGGUGCCGUUCUGUAAUCCUGAAUAUGGUUGCCAGUAUUCUCUGCUGAGUGCUCUGGAUGGGGAGGGAAUAUUUGAUGUCUCUGCUUCCCCCAUCCCCAUUUGUCCCACUUGCCCUUCCCCAUCUGUUGUGCUGACCCACAAGGCUAGAAGAGUCCUUUACACCCAGAUACAGAGUCUGGGUCUUUGUUCCGUGUUUUCUGGCUUGGAAGUUGAAUUCCUGAGUGGAUGCCUGUGUCAGGAAAAGGCAGCUGGCCUUACCUUUGGUGAAGUGUAACCUGAUGAUGCCUGUGGGACAAGUGUCUGUGUGAGAGAGAGAAAGAUGGUGAUUAUGGGGUGUCUCUGCAACUCCCCCCGCAUCUGUGUGUCAGUCUGAACAGCCACCUUAAAAGACUGCAGUGCCCUCCCACUUGGACUCCUUUGUAGUGACUGGAAGGGACCCUGAAAUAAUUUGUCAUAGGGGAUUCCCCUGUCUUGCUGUCUCCUGACUUUUGCACCGUUUCCAUCCUUCAGUCUGCAUUAUUCACAACCUUAUCCUUGCCUACUAGGAGUAGAGGCAGUAUAACUCUGAAUAUUGGUUGCUGGAGAGAGUGCUGCUGCUUUUGGGUCCUGCUUUUGGCUUUCCCAUAAUAGGCACCUGGUUGGCCACUGUGAGAACAGGAUCCAGGGCUAGAUGGAUUUUGAGUCUGACCCAGCAGGCCUCUUCUCAACAGCCUUCAGAGGUAGGACACACUGUCGCUCCAUUUUGUUACUUCAAAAUGUUUUUGCCUUGUCUAAAGGAGUCCCUCUGACACUCCAAAGGCUUGGGCAGGAUUGUCAGCUUGGAGACAGGGUCCUUUAAGAGAGAGAAGGGGGGGCACUUCCUGCUGUCUAAUGGAUGUCAUAAGGGCUAUCUUGAUGGGAUCACUCCAAGACCCUAGCGUUCUUGUCUCUGAGGCCAGCCAGCCGGCAGCAGAUGCCUCUGGAAAGUUCAUGGCCAUGCCUUGCUGUUAAAAGCUCUAGCACAUCUGAUAUUACAGUGGUACCUUGGGUUAAGAACUUAAUUCGUUCCGGAGGUCCGUUCUUGACCCGAGGUACCACUUUAGCUAAUAGGGCCUCUCGCUGCUGCCGUGCCACUGGUGCACGAUUUCUGUUCUCAUCCUGAACCCGAGGUACUAUUUCUGGGUUAGCGGAGUCUGUAACCUGAAGCGUCUGUAACCCAAGGUACCACUGUACGUGCCUGGUUGGGUAGGUCACUGCUUGGGAUUGGAGGGUGAUGAAGCUGAGAUUUGGGCUCCAAACUGCAGCAACACUUCAGUGGCUUGAGGCUCCAUGUAAAUGGGGAGUUGCCUGUACUUGAUAGAAGGUGCUCCUGUGCAGGAGGAGUAAAGAGCAUUUCCCUUGCUACAGAAUCCUUGUGCUGGGAGGGGUUUGGGCUGUGGGGGCUUCCACGUCUGGAGGACCACAUGUUUGCAGACUCCAUGGAAUUAAGUACAGAGGAGGAGCCUGGCCAGCUGUGUGUGUGUGUGUCCAUCCCCCCCCCCCCGCCGCCAGCCAUCCUUAUGGACUCCUUUGCCAUUGGCUCUCCUGUCUCCCCUCCCCUCUCUUGGCACCAGCAGGCUGCGCUGGGUGAGUAAUUGACUGGGCAGAGCUUGCCUUCUGGCAGCUGAACUCUCUCUGUGUGUGGCAGCUGCUGAACCCUGAGUUAAUGAUUCACCAACAAGUUGGAGGCAGUAAACUCCACUGACCAGGCUGGUGGUGGCUUGGGUUGGGAGGUACCCUCUACCUUUCUGCGAGCACCAGGGUCGAAGAGGGAUCCGUGUCAGGAAGCACCUGUCUGGCAUGGGCCAAAUGUUGCCCUGUGUGCAGAGAGAACUUGCUGGUUCUCUUUCCCACCUCUGCUAGAGCAUAAUUUCUAAAGAGAAAAAGUAGGGCUUGAAAUAUCCGCAUCCUCUUAAGCAGCAACGACUCCCACAUCCUAAACAAGGAGGUGUGGGGUUGCUGGCUGCAGUCAGUGGUGAAGAAUGGGUGUGCACUCUGCACAUGCCCUAGGGUACACUUCUUUAUUGCUGCUUUGCAUGCUAGGCAAUGAAAACAAGCCUGGUGGGCAGCUCAAGGGAGGCUUCCCCCCCCCCCACUGCACUGGGGGAUGGGUGGGGGCUAGACUUGCACCCUUUUCCCUCUCAAAGGAGACUUUCUGCAUCUGGCAAACAUUUUUUAGGGAGGGGAGUUGCACAGGUUCAGAGACCUGCCUAACUAGCUUGACUGGAAGUGGCUUUGGGACAAAAUAAAAAUGGGUGCACGCUAGUCUUCCACAGCCUGGUACCCUCUGGAUAUUUUGGACUACAAAUCCCAUUAGUCUGAAGUAUCCAGAGGACACCAGGUUGAAGAUGGCUGAGAUACACCGAGGGCAACAAUGCCUCUCUCCAAACAUUUUGAACCCCAUUAGUAAGAACGCCUCCAACCAGUGAUGUGGCAUGGAAAAUUUCCCAAUGCUUUUAUCUUUUAUAAUUUUCCAUUGGCAAAUACAGUAUUAGGCCAGCUUGGCUGUUUUAAAGUUUUCAGCUUUGUUCAGCUAAAUACAAGUAAGAUAAACCUGGCAAAUUAAACCAAUCCCUUUGACAUUGGAAAAGUAUCUAAUGCAAAUAGAACAUUUUCUGCUUAACGUUAGCCUGACUUGCAAAGGAACAUUUCCCAAUUCCAAAUUUUCUGGAAAGCCCACCUCACUCCAACCCCCAGUGGCUUUUUCCUUCUACUGUCUGCAGAUGCAAGAUGCUUAUGAUGCAAGGACCCUAAAGCAGACUGUUUUGGGCCAAGUGGUGGCCACUUUUGUUGCUUGAGUUGUUGUGGUUUUGCUGCUUGAGUUGUUGUGGGGCUCUCUGAAGGGGUGCGCUGGGAUUGGGAUUCCCCACUUUUGCAAAGGAGGGUGCUGUGCAGAAGAUUCACGGAAGCAUCAAGAGAGGUUGUGGACAUAACUCCUCCAAAUUCCUGCCUCCCCACAUUUUUCUGGCCCUUAAUAUGGAUUUUUAUCAGGUCCUCUCCUUUUCGGAAUAUUCCUGGGAUAAGAAAAUCCAGACUGAGGUAGAGGGAAGACAGCGACUUGAAGGAGAACAGUCAUAUGGACGAUGGAGAAUUUCUGGAGCUCGCUGUCCGCUUGGAACAACAAUAUGGGUGAACCCACAAAAUUGCAGGGGUCAGACCAGAUGACCCUUUGGUGCCCUUCCAACUCUACCAUUUAUGAUUCUGUCAUUUCUGAGCAUUCAGGGCUGCAAAUUUCACUGGAGUCCUCUUGCUCUUUCUGUCUCCCUGCCCCACUUCCCCAAAAUGCUUUGCUCUUCUGCCCGUUGAUUGUAUAAAUGCUAAGUCAGGGAAGGUGUGAAGCAAUGGCAGAAUUGGGGCGGGGGAGGGGAGUUGACGGAGGGAGGAGGCAGUGCCUGAGGCUCACCAGGGACUGAUGUCUGCGGCUGGUGCCUGCAGUUUUCAUGACUACGGGCACAAAACACACAAGAAAAGUCUGUGUCAGUCUCCCAAGCAAGUCUUGACAGGAAGAGAGCAGCAGCAGCAGGCGCUGGUUAUAGAUGGCGGUCAUGUGCAGUACAGGGCUGACUUGACCCCCAUGCAAAGUACUACACGCACCGAGUGCCCUUGACCAAACCAGCAGGGGCCUCUCUGCGGUCUUAUUAGCCGGCAUUGCAUGGAGUCCUGGCAAUUGCAGGCCAAGCUGGUAGCUGAGCCCUUGCUUGGAACAGACGUAGUUUCAGCGUGCAGAUGCCGCGGGCGCCCCGUCAGGGAGGGAGACCCAUGCAGUGUUGCAGAACACCCUGGGCAGAAUGUGUUCAGGCUGUGCGCCACUGAGCACAGUUGGAAGGCCGCGUCCUGGCAUUCUCUGUGACCUCUUGGUGAAUCACGGAGUGCAGGACUCUCGAAGUCACAGACACCUAGUGAAGCUGAAUGUUGGGAGAUUCAGGACAGAUAAAUGGAAGCACUUCUUAUUGCAGCACCCGUUAAACUAUGGAACUCGCUGCAGGAGGCGGUGGUGGCCACUCACCUGGAUGGCUUUAAAAGAGGAUAAGAAAAACUCAUGGAGGAGAAGGCUAUCAAUUGCUACUAGCAACGAUGGCUAUGCUUUGCCUCCACAGCUGGAGACCACAAUGCUUCUGAAUACGAGUUGCUGGAAAUCACAGGAUGGGAGAAGGCUCUUGUGAUCAGGUCCUGCUUGUUGGUUCCCCAUUAGGGCAUCUGGUUGGCUACUGUGAGGACCGGAUGCUGGCCUAGAUGGGCCACUGGCCUGAUCCAGAAGGCUGUCUUUGUGUUCAGCUCUCUGGUUGCAUAGGGCAGGUGAAACAUUAUGGUUCAUUGCUGCCAAAUGUUUCCUUGGGGAUGCUGUGAGAGUGGCCUGCCACCAUCAGAGAGAGGAGCUGUUUGGGUCUGGCAAGCAGCAUGGACCCAGCUGACUCCCACCCGCUUCCCUCUGGGGAUCUGCUGCCCUCCCUUCCCCAAGCAGGAGCAGAAUGAGUGCAGGCAUGCCGCCCGGUGCAGUAUUGCUAGCCUCCAGCUACAGGCUGGGCCUCAGGAAUGGCUUACACAGCACGGCAGUCGUGUUUGGACAGGGUGUUGGGAAGUGAGCGGAGGAGGUUUUGAUCAGCUGCCUUCCCGGCAGCUUUCCCAUCACAGCGUCAGGCUCAGAAUGGCCUUUGGAGCAAAUGGUCACUUCUGGAAUCGGGGCACGGCGGCCUAUCAAGGGUCUGCAGCCUUCAAGCAAGCUUCAUAUGUGUGGGAAGGGAUGUGUGUUUGUGUGCUUGCUGUGUAAAAGGAGAGCAAGAGGGCGACCACAAGAACCACAGUAUAUUUUUGUGCAGCCGCCACGUUUGCUGCUGCAGCACUAAUGUUGCAGUGGUUACUCCUGUCCGAAGCAUCUGGGGCCCUCUAGAUGCUCUGGUCUCUCUUUUUUAAAAAAAAUGAUAUUUAUUACUUUCCAACAAAUUGAACAUACUGAGCGAAUGGCUGCUACUUGAAGAUACUGAUGUGUUGGACCUAGAAGGUUUUAACAACAUAUUUGGUUGGCAUGCAUAUCUGUGGUAUGAUAAGGUGAAAGCACAUAAAGCGUUUAAAAAUCAUAUUGUUAGAAAAGCAUUGUUUAAUGUAUGGAUAAGAUAUAAAGAUUUGUUAAAAAAGAAAACCCCAAGAUGGUUGUCACCAAUGGAAGCGAAGGCACAGAAAAAACUCAAUAUGGAGGCCAAAUGGCCGAAAUAAUGGGAAAUUCUGGAACAAGAGGGAGACAGACUAAAAUUGCAGAGCUUUGAAAAAUAAAGUGCGAGAUAGAUGCUCUGGUCUCAAGUUUUUAUCAGUCCUAGCCAGCACAGCCUCUACAACACGUGCCUCAUUCUUUCUUGAGGGAUGCCCCUCUGUCCAUUGUUCCUUAUGUAGAGUGUAAAGUGGUUCUGAGCGGAUCUCUAUCUCUACCCCUCUGUCAAUUCAAUCCUGUCAAAGUCCUUUCCCAUUGCUAUUCUUUCACUCCUCCUUUCCACAAGUCUUGCACUCCUCUGUGUUACCAGUCUGUUUCCAGGCUUAAUUCAAAGUGCUGGUUUUAUACAUUCAAAGCUGUAAGCCCUCUGGGUCUAAAAGCAGCCGCCAGUGGCCCUCCAGAUGUUGCUUGGACUCCCAGCUUCCAUCAGCCCCAGAGAUGAUGGGCAUUUUGCACUAGCAACAUCUGGAGGGCUCCAGAUUUGCCUCCUUUAUAGGAACCUGCCCGGUCUCUACGAUCCGCUUCUAAGGCCCUUCUCUGGACCCCACCCCCACCUCACUGGCUGAAUAGUUGGUAGGUGCAAAAGACAGGGCCUUUGGGUGGUGGCACCUGGAACUUGGAAAAACAAGGCCAGGCUGUUUCUGUUGCAUUAGAUGCUUUCAGUGGUUUUUACUGCUCUUUUGCUGUAUAUUUAUUUAUUUAUUCAUUCUGCUUUUUAAAAACCUGCUUUUAUUUACCUUUCUUUUCAGUAGAAAAGUGGGGUGUAAAUAUUGGAAAUAAGAAUGGACAUCUAAGCUUCUGGUCCUUAGUGUUCUUAUAGCUCUCGGUUCCUGUACUUCUGAGUGUAUGUCUUGUUGCACAUCGUCAUCUAGUUCAUAUGAUGCUGACAUUAAAGCCUUAACAUGGCUGCUUUCUGUGUGCACGAGGCAUUGUCUUGCAAGCAUGGCACGUACUUGAGCCAUGGAUUCUGUCCCGGCGCGCGAAGACUGCUGGUGUCAAAACCGGUGACCCAGUUUAAACAUGAUGCCAGCCGAGAGUAACCCAGCACAUGUAUAUAUAGUUUACACUCCCAGCAUUGCCUUCAAAUAGGGCCUAGCCUGAGUAAAAAGCCAUUUCCAAAUCGUGUGGGAGUGAGAAGUUAAUUUCAUUUUGCACCCUGGGUAAGAGCACUGCUUUUUGGCAGUAGAUUCAAGAAAGACGGCCGUCUUCAUUUGAUCCCACACAGCCCUAUCCCAGUUCUAGGUUGAUAUGAGAGGGAGGGGAAUUCUUCUGAAUAUUCUUCUUGGUGGCAUUGCCUGGUCCUGCAGUUACUGUAGGGCAGCCUUUGCAAACCUGGUGUCCUCCAGAUGUUUUGGAACGCAGCUCCAGCCAGCUCCGACUGGGCCCUUUGGGAGUUGUAGCACCAGCCUGAUGGGAGUUGCAGUGCUGACCCAGCAAGAGCUGUUCUCCAAAACAUCUGGCGGGCAUCAGGUUGGUGAAGGCUGCACCAGACCCAGGUUCUUCUCCUUCCCACCUCCCUCUGUCUGAUUUCUCUGGGAGGUGAGGGAAUGCCCUGGUUUGCUGGCUCAUUUUUUGGGUCACUGAGGCAAGUGGGAGCGAGGUCUCUGCUUCAGGCUGCUUCCUGACUUCAUUGUCAAGCGCUUGCCAAAACAGUUCACACCAAUUGUUGGGCUCAUCACAUGGGAGAGAAGAGGAAAUGAGUGGUCUUUCCUAGUUUUGGAGAAGAACCCAACUACCUUUGUGCAGCUGGCUAUGCUGGCUCUAUAGAUGCAGGGGAAGGAGGGGGCAGAGUUCUGAGGUGGGAAAAUGGACUGGGCCACUUCAGAUAUCCUGAACAGAAUGACCAUUUUGAAUGCUCUCCCAUGCCUAAAAAAUAAGAAGCAAAAAAUGCCUUGCAUAUACAGUAUAGCAUCAGUACUGCACCAAAGGGACGACAGAACCUUUCUCUGUGGUAUGCUAUCCCUCCGUCUUUUGCAGAGGAACAUUUUUUUACCACCCCUAACCUGUGUUUUUUGUCCUCUCAGCUUCUGCUGUUUGCAUAGAGACCAGGGCUUUUUGCUUCUCUGGAAUAAAGGCAGCCUGGGCAGAGAUUUACUGGGAUUCAGGAGGGUUGCCAUAAAACUGGGCUUGGGGAAUCUGCCUUGGACACCUUGUGUGUUUUGGGAGGCAAACUGCUAUCUCAAAAGCCUCAUUUUGCUGUCAGUAAAAGAGAAACUUCCCGGGAUGUUGUGGGCUGAGAACUCAAUGGGCCAUUGCAAAAAGCAGUGGGAUCUCCAAAAUGAAGGAAGCCAAGUGCAUUCUGGGAGAAUCUCUGGCCAGGACAUGCUUCAUUUUAUCAGAAGGACUCACAAGAAAGUCUUCUUCUACACUGGAUUUAAACUUGGCCUUGAAAUUCACAGUGGAUUUUUUUUAAAGGAAUAAUGUUGAGGAUCUUGUUUUAAUUAAAAACAAAGCAAGAAUAGCACAGCAGUGCUGUAGGAUUGGUGAGCCCUGGCACACACAAGCAGCUGACAGGCACACGACAACAGAGUUGCUAUUGUCUGAGCGAUGCCCUAAUGAUUUGUUGGUUUUCUUAAAUGAGCAUUUUGGAGAGCAGAAUGCAAGCCGCAGCUCCAGGCCACAAGCUUGUCCGCAAAGCGAGUGCACCAUCCUCCCUGAGGGAAGCAUGGAAAUCAGUUUAGACAAUUAGCAGUGCUUUGGUGGCUAGUGGCCAAUUUUCCACCACUCUAGAGCUGAGGAUGGGGACGGAUCUGUGUGCAUGGGUAGAGUGGGGGAAGCAGCAAUGUUUUAUACAGGGGCUGUAGAGCUGGGGUCUCCAACAUAACCUGCGGAUGGGAGUCAUGGUGCCCUCAGAGACCCACCCUGGUGCCUGCAAAGGUCCCCUACCUAAAACUGAAGGCAACUAAGACCCAGGGGCCGGAUUUGGCCCAAUCACCUUCUAAAUCCAGCCCACGGAAGGUCUGGGAAUCGGUGUUUUUACAUGAGCAGAAUGUUUCCUUUUAUUUAAAAUGCAUCUCUGGGUUAUUGUGGGGCCUGCCUGGUGUUUAUGCAUCAGUAGAAUGUGUGCUUUUAUUUAAAAUGCAUUUUUGGGUUAUUUGUGGGGCAUAGGAAUUCGUUCGGUUUUUUUCUUCAAAAUAUAGUCCGGCCCCCCACAAGGUCUGAGGGACAGUGGACCGGCCUCCUGCUGAAAAAGUUAUUGUUAUUGUUUCCAUUUGUUACUCUGUUAUGUAUUUUUGUGUUUUUAUAUUCCCAUAGGAAUGCAUUGAAAAUCAAUUGAUGCGUUCCUAGGAAACCGCCUUCAGACUCAGGUCCGGGGACAGUCUGUCCCCGGACCUCUUCUGAAGGCUGGGGGAGCAAGGGCUUUUCUUCCCACCCCCAGCAUUUUAAAAAACCCCGGGACAGCGGAGGACUUCUCCGCUGUCCGGGCGAUCUUAAAAUGCUGGCGGGCGGCAUUUUAAAAUCACCCGGGACAGCGGAGGACUUCUCCGCUGUCCGGGGCAAUUCAAAGCCCCUGGGAAGGCAGGCAGGGGGACAAGACUUUUGCCCCCGCCAGCCUUCAGAAGAGGUCCUGGACCUCUUCUGAAGGCGGGCGAGGGCGAAGUCUUUGCUCCCCGCCUUCAAAAGCCCUCCGGGACAGGCAGGCAGGGGAGCAAAGACUUUCGCCCCCGCCCGCCUUCAGAAGGUCUUCCCUCCCCCCGCCCGGCCGGAGCACCGUUCCGGGCCGGGCGGCGGCGGGAGGUCUUCCCUCCCCUAUUGUAAACCACUAUGUGAUCCUUGGAUGAAGGGUGGUAUAGAAAUAUAAUAAUAAUAAUAAUAAUAAUAAUAAUAAUAAUAAUAAUGGCCUGCUUUUUUUGUCUGUACUGUAUUUUAUUUGUAUGGGGGUACUGUGGCAGUUUUGCCUGCUCUUUUGGUGCGGGUGGGAAGAGUCUGAGCAUUGCGCAUUUUUCUUUUGUGAAAUGAUUGUUUUCCAUUUCUAAUGGUGCCCAUGGGUUUCUUUAUUGCUCCAGAUAUGCCCCCAGGUCCAAAAAGGUCGGGAAUCCCUGGUUUAGUAGAGCAUUCUGCUAAUGACAUGAACAACCUAGUUGCCCUUGCAGUGGAAUGCAGGACGUUAAGGAGACUUCAUUCACUCAUUUUCCCUCCUAGAUUCCUGUCUCCAUCUUAGUCAAGGAAUUAGCUAAUGCACCAUGGCUAACUGGAUGGAGGUGUGUGUGUGUUAGAAACCCAUUGACAAUUGGGUGUAUGUGUGCAUAGAUUUUGGCAAGAAUGGUAGGGUGUCUUUGGCUAGACCCCAGAUAAAUUCUUCCAUGUGCUGCUCUUCCACAACGAGGCUAUUGAAGUAGGCAUUGGUUAGGUUUGAUAUUAAAUUUGUGUGUCUUUUGGGCGGGGGUGCUUAUUGUGGCUUGUGUUGUGCUUGGCAGACUCCUGGGUUUGUGGAGAAGCCAUAACAGGAGUGCCAGCAACAUGAACUUUGGGACUGCUGGGAACAGGCUUCCAUAUUUGAGAGCUGGAGCCCUGCAUCAGCUUUGUGUACAUAUGAAAUUCUCUCAGUGAGUCAGAGCCAUCUUAUCAAUGGCCCACCUGGCCUACUAUUGCGGAGGGAACAGAAGUAUCCAACGACUUAGGCUGAGGUUCAUCUCUCCCUGGAGAUGCUUGGGGUUGUACCUGGGACCUUGGAGCUCAUGGUCCACCACUGCACACACACCUCAGCAUGAAACACAUGCAUGUGCCUUACCCAAAGCCUGGCUGUUGCUGCAUUUCCGUGGCACCUUCCUAACAGUACACCAGAGGUUUACAGCCCCAAACUUUACAUCACCCUUCCUCAAAUUGGUGCCCUCCAAAUGUUUUUGACUGCAACUCGCAUCAUUCCCAGCCAGCAUGUCAGUCAGUUUUGAGGAUUCUUGUGCAAUAUUCACGGGUAUUUCGACAUCUCCCUCCCUCCCUCUACCUGUAGGGCCUUGUCCCUUGUAUGGCUGGCUUCCUGGGACGAUCCCAUUGCAGCGAUGCAUGCACAAAACCACUCAUUGUUGCACAGGUUCCCCUUGCAAGCUGGUGGGUGGAUUGACUGCACCGCUGUCCGUGAGCAGGAUUUGACAGGGGCUGAGUAACCACAGCUCUGUUCUGGCUUGCUGAGGAAUGUGUGGUUGCGGGAGACAAAAGCAGCCUGUGGAUCCUACAGGAGGGCUGUUUUGACUUGGCUGCUCUGCUCAGAUUUUGCAUAGUGUUCUUUAAACUUCUGAGUCACACCUUUUUUUGUUUUCUGCAACUAGAGGCGCACACCUCAGUCUCCCAUGCCCAGCAAAGAGCUCCUCUGGGUAGUGCCUCCUCCCCACUUCUUGGUGAGUCAAUCUUCUGGGUGUGUUACCUGAUUGGAAGGUGCUCAAAAAUGCCUCUGAGUCUGAGAGUGUUCUGCUGGGUGCCUGCGUCCAAUCCCAGAGGAUGCAAAUGCACUGGGAAGUUACUUUCCAGCAGCGACUCAUCUGGAGGGAUGCUUGGGGAAGGGCUCCAGCUCACUAGCAGCUGAGCACCUGCUGUGCACCCAGAAGGUUCCAUCUAGGAAGAGCAGCGUCUUGGCUUGGGAUAGACCACUCUUUAUGCCAUUGCUCAACAUCCUUUGAAGAUGAGCACUCCGGGCAAUUUGUGGUUUGAGAUUGGCUUCUGAAGUUUUCAAGGCUGAUAAGGAAUUUGAAUCUGGCCCUCCUGUUCUCAAGUCCACCCAUUUCUAUCUCCUGCCCCACAUGGACUCCCAUUCCAGAAUCCUUGGGUUGCCUAGAAGCUGAGCUUAGUGAGCAGCUCAGUAAGAGUGCUAUAGAAGUGCAGCAAAUAAAUCAAGUGUGUCUAAAGUGGUGUCACAGGUGUGCAUUUCACUGGGGGGAGCGCAGAGUUCCUGCAGCCAGUUCAAGGCCCUGUAGAUUCACCUAUACAUACUGCCAGUGGUUCUCCAGGGUUUCAGAAAGAGUCUUUCUCAGCUCUGCCUCGGAAUUGAACCUGGGACCUUCUGUGCAAGGCAGAUACUCUCCCAGUGGACUAAGGCCGUCCACUGUAAAUGGUUAAACAAAUACCCAUCUACUUGGCAUACUCCUGUGAUCUGCCAGUAGAACCCAGACUUCUUUUGGCACACUCCUUUGCUGGAAUGCUUCCAAAAUCUUCUGCAACUCCCAAGGGUGCUGUGGCAGACGAUGGGUGUGUGGGUGUUCUUAACAGAGAGGUUGAUUUAGAAAGAGUUCCCUGAAGCAGAAAAAAAGUUUGCAAACCUUGCCUUUUCCCAUAUCUUCCCUGCCUUUCCCCUCACUCUUGGUGCCCAGCUUGAAAAGGGUAAGAUGUAGGUAUAAUAAUAAUAAUAAUAAUAAUUUAUUAUUUAUACCCCGCCCAUCUGGCUGGGCCUCCCCAGCCACUCUGGGCGGCUUCCAUAGAAACCAAAAAUACAGUAAAAUAUCACACGUUAAAAACUUCCCUGAACAGGGCUGCCUUAAGAUGUCUUCUGAAUGUCAGGUAGUUGUUUAUCGCUUUGACAUCUGCUGGAAGGGCGUUCCACAGGGCGGGCGCCACUACCGAGAAGGCCCUCUGCCUGGUUCCCUGUAGCUUUGCUUCUUGCAAUGAGGGAACCGCCAGAAGGCCCUCGGCGCUGGACCUCAGUGUCCGGGCAGAACGAUGGGGGUGGAGACGCUCCUUCAGGUAUACUGGACCGAGGCCGUUUAGGGCUUUAAAGGUCAGCACCAACACUUUGAAUUGUGCUCGGAAACGUACUGGGAGCCAAUGUAUGUCUUUCAAGACUGGUGUUAUAUGGUCUCGGCGGCCGCCCCCAGUCACCAGUCUAGCUGCCGCAUUCUGGAUUAGUUGUAGUUUCCGAGUCACCUUCAAAGGUAGCCCCACGUAGAGUGCAUUGCAGUAGUCCAAGCAGGAGAUAACCAGAGCAUGCACCACUCUGGCGAGACAGUCCGCAGGCAGAUAGGGUCUCAGCCUACGUACCAGAUGGAGCUGGUAAACAGCUGCCCUGGACACAGAUUUGACCUGUGCCUCCAUGGACAGCUGUGAGUCCAAAAUGACUCCCAGGCUGCGCACCUGGUCCUUCAGGGGCACAGUUACCCCAUUCAGGGCCAGGGAAUCCUCCACACCUGCCUGCCUCCUGUCCCCCAAAAACAGUACUUCUGUCUUGUCAGGAUUCAACCUCAAUCUGUUAGCCGCCAUCCAUCCUCCAACCGCCUCCAGACACUCACACAGGACCUUCACCGCCUUCACUGGUUCUGAUUUAAAAGAGAGGUAGAGCUGGGUAUCAUCUGCAUACUGAUGAUCGUGGUGCAACUGUUGCCCGGUUGGCAUCACAGGUCAUGGCUUCAACCUGGUUGAGUUGCAAGCAUCUCCUCCCAGGCAAGCUGUGCUGCUCGUCAUCAUGGGCUGAGGCCCCCCCCCCCAACUCCCUCCACACUCCUCGGGGGUUUAUGAGGUCAAGGGAUGGGAACUGGAGUGGGGCCAAGUGCAACAAUGACUCCCUGAAGUGCUCGUAUCAAUAUUUGCAGCUUUUAUCUCUGAUGUACCCGAGUGGGCGGAUUCCACAGCUACACAGCGACUCAACAGUAGCCUUUGAAUCACUGGUGCUAGAGUCAGUGAGCGGUUGUGGUUGGCACGCCUCUGAAAUUCCCAGUCUGUGCCAACAGGGUUGGCUGUUUUCAAAUAGCUGCCCUGAGGGUGGAACAGUGUCCUCUGCCUCCACUUGGGCAUUGAAAAGACCCUGGGUCACCAGUGGGUAGCCUGGGAGCCACAGGUGGCCCUCUGACUUCUUCACUGUGGCCUUCCCCAGGCCAGAAUGAGAGAGAGAGGGAAGGAAGGAAGGAAGGAAGGAAGGAAGGAAGGAGAGAAUGGGUAAUGUGUGUGUGUGUGUGUGUGUGUGUGUGUGUGUGUGUGUGUUUGCUGUGAUCUGUGGGUCUGUGUCCCAUAGGAUUGUGUUCCCAUCCCAUAACUCUGAAAAAGCGACCCCCACCUGCUGCCCAAGUAUCUGCUUCUCCAGUGUAAAGUUUCAGGGGGUGGACUUGCAGGGGGAAAAUGGAAGGAACCCAGCUUUAACCUUUCUGCUGCAAGCUGCCCCCUUUCUUUGCUAGGGCUCUUGCCUAGCUGCAAACGUGGGUCUGGAUCACUAUCUGAGAAAUGAGUGGCUAUAAAGGAGAGUUGCUGGGCAGGGAAGGGGUUAACCCACCCCAUGACCUCUGCAAGUUUCACCCUGCUCUGGGUGCUGUUUGCACAGGAAAAGCAGUGCCUGAUAUUUCAAAACACAACAGUAGUGGCUAGGUAUAUGGUUGGGUUUCUUGCAAAAUGCAAGGCUCCCUAAGCAAGCUCUGAUAUGCCUCCUUAGCUGAAGGACCAUCUAUCCUGGGACCUUGGAUGAAAGGAUUUAAAAAUGUAAUGGCCUAGAAGUAGAGUUUUUCAUAGAAUUGUAGAGUUGGAAGGCACCCCAAGGGUCAUCUAGUCCAACCCCUGCUGUGCGAAAAUUCUAGCUAAAGCAUCCAUGACAGAUGCCCACCCAACCCCUGCUUAAAAACCUCCAGUGGAGGAGAGUCCACCACCUUCUGCUCCAGUGUCGAACAGCUCUUACUGUCAGAAAGUUCUUCCUGAUAUUUAGUUAGAAUCUCCUUUUUUGUAAUUUGAAUCUAUUGGUGCAGGUUUUAGGGUCUCUUCAGAAAGGUGUUUGGCAUUACUGACAAACAUCUUCACGGAGGAUAUCAAUACACACACACACACACACACACACACACUUGGGAACAUCUGCCUCACUAAUUGGUCCAGAUAUCAAUGCCUCCUGGGGCCCUCCAUAUGCUUUGGUCUACAACUCCCAUCAGUCAUAGCCAGCAUGACAUUUUGGUGCUGGGGUGACGGAAGUGUGGCUACUGUGCUGACUGGGGCUGGUGGGAAUUGUAGUCCAAAGGAUCUGGAGGGCCCCAGGUUAGAGAAGUCCACUCUAGGGAGUGGCACAUGCCUUCCCAGCUGCUGGAAUAGCACUUUAAACUAUAGAGACAGUGUGGUGUAGUGGUUACAGUGUUAGACCGGGAGACCAGGAUUCAAAUCUCCACCUGGUCAUGAAGCUCACCGGGUCACAUUGGACCAGUCACUGCCUUUCAGCCUAACCUGUCUCAUGUGAUUGUUGUGGGAGUAAAUGAGGAGGCAGGGAACCAUCCACCCUGAACUCCUUGGACUAAAAGGUGGGAUAUAGAUACUUGAAUCUUGCUUGUGGGUUUCCCACAGGCAUCUGGUUGGCCGCUGUGAGAACAGGAUGCCAGACUAGAUGGGCCAUUGGCCUGAUCCAGCAGGCUCUCCUUAUUACCUCUGACAUUAGAGAUAGAACAUAGCCAACAUUUCCUCCACAAAUCUGUGUAAAACCACCCAAGCUGGUGGCCAUUUUUGCAUGAAGUAAUGAGUUCAUAGCAUUUGGGACGUUUGAACUGGGGACUGCAUGCUCCAUAAUUAUCCUCUUUAAGACUGUGCAAAACACCAGCUUUUCAAUUGUUUGCCUUUGCAGAGCGACUGGCACACAUUUAUUUGGCUGCUCGUGUGGUACAGUGCUUUAUUGUCUGCUGUAUGCAUACUUCUGUUUUGCAAUGGCCUGCAGCCAAGACAAUAAACUUUCAACGACAAUGUUGCAAGGACCAAGCGUUAUUGCGUUGACGCUGUACCUGGAGCAGUCAGCUUUUGCCUGGAGAAGCAGCUGUCCUGAGCAAGUUUUAGUGGCCUGGGUGGAAUGUACAUUUCGGCCCUUUGAGCAGAAAAUAAAUAAUCCUUAUCCUUUGUUCCUCUUCGGUUGGGAAGAGCUUGUGCAUCCUAGUUUCUGCCUGCUAUUUGUGGUGAAUGGAGCUUUUUGGAGAGCCCACUUUACUUAAUGCCAAUUUCACUAGUUUCCUCGAAGAUUAUGUAGAGAGAACCACAUUGUAAGUCCUGAAGGAAGGAAGAUCCCAACAUAAGGAGUAGAAACUGGACUGUCAUUAGCAUCACCUUACUUCCUGGGUCCUUUUGAUUAUAAUAUUGGGACUAUGAAUUUUCACUCUUGAAAGCCAACUGCUAUUGUUGCAUUACUUUAGACUUCUAGUUUGCUCUUCAUGGUUAAUUCUCAGGCAAACUACUCUCUCUAGCUUCCUUCUGCAAAGCAGACCUACCCUACAGCGCUGUUGUGGGGAUUUCUGAGAUGUUUGUGAAGGGCUUUUAACUUUGUCUGUGAAGCAGUAUUUUCUCAAUCUCAUUAGAGCUGCAACCCCCUGUCCACUUACUUUGGAGUAAAUCCCACUGUACUGAAUGGUUUUAAUUACAAGUAAAGAUCCAGAGAGUUGUGUUGUAAUGCUGCUGUUUUCUAUCUUGCAUUCAUAGUUUCAGUUUGGGCAGUGCUUUGUCUCUCUGUUUCUGAAAAGUUAUCUGGAUGCUGGUUGGAAGGGACAGAUUGUCUCCCAUCAAGAUUGGACUAAGAAUUUCCUGUGGCGCAGAGGGAGGGGAAACCUUUUUUUGAUUGAGGGCCGUGUUCGAUCAUAGGGAACCUUCCUGGGGCCGCAUGACAGUAGUUGGUGGGGCCAGUUAUGAAAGUGGGUGGAAUAUAUAAAUAUACAUUUAAAGUAGUUUCAUACCACUUCAAACAGGCAUGGCUUUUACUUUUAUGUGGCUGGAAUGUAGCCUAGACCCUGUCUGCACUGUCUAUUUAAAGCAGUAUCAUACCAAUUUAAAUAGGCAUGGGUUCUCCCAAGGAAGUCUUAGAGUUGUAGUUUGUUUUAAGGGUGCUGAGAGAGGUACUCACAGAGGUACAAUUCCCAGAGUUCCCUGGGAAGAGGGAUUGACUCUGGUAACUGUAGCUCUUUCAGGGGAAUAGGGGUGUUUUAAUAACUCUCAGCACCCUUAGCAAGCGACAGCUCCCAUAAUUCUUUGGGGGAAGCCAUGCCUGUUUAAAGUGGUAUGAUACUGCUUUAAAUGGACAGUACAGACAGGAUCUAGGCUACAUUCCAGCCACAUGUUUCUACACACAUAAAUGUACAUCUAGGUAAGCAUUAUUGCACUUCAAGGACACAAUCCAACCAGGCGAAAGCAAUUGAGGGGGCUCUGGAGCAGGGCUGGCGGGGUGUGUGGCCUGGGAAGUGGGAAGUUUCAAGGACCAAAUUGAGAGGCCUGGGUGGGGGCACCUCUGGCCCUCGGUCCUGAGGUUCCUCACCCCUAAAAAGAAGCAUAAUGUGGGGAAUUAGGAUUUCCUUUUAUAUCCCUUGCCAGUCACAUACUCUCCUGUGUUUCUUUUUUGUUGAAAUCGUGGGUUGAAAUGUUAGUGAGACCCUUCUGGAGUGACAGCUCUUGGCCUCCUUUCAGCGAAACCAGUCGGUGGUGUUUGUGUGUGUGUCCCCCAAGACAGCACGUUUUUAUUGAGCUAUAGGCCUGUGUCCCAAACCAUAGGUGAGUGGGGCAGGCUAAGGUCUAGACUGGUUCAAGGGCUGGGGAGACGGCUCAGCCGGAAAUGGGGGCCCUGCUUUAAAGGACUUUUUGAUGGAAGUGAGUCACCUGCUUUCAGAGUAAUUUCCCCUUCAGUGUAUGAUCUCACAAGAUUCCCAUUUAGUAAGACUUUGCGUGAGCAAUGAGCAUUAUGUUGUAAUCAAACUCCUAUCUGAGCAACUAGGGCCCUUUGGACAGCUUCCUGCUGCCUUUUUUUUUUUUUUAGUAUUUUUUUAAAGCUACAUUAAUCAUGCAUUCCUCUGACUGGAGGGAAGGUGAGGUUUAACUCCUUCAUCCCUGCAAAGUGUUUCCAGGGACAGCUGGAGAAGACAAAGGGAAGGUCAUGGCCUCCCAGCUUAAUCUACCUUGCAGGAUUGUUCUGAGGAUUAAAUGAGAGGGAGAAAAAGGUGGGAUAUGAAUACAAUAAAUAAUUAGUCUUGUCUUCCACCUUUUUCAUGACUUGUUUUCUACUGGGCAUCUUCCACCAACUGGUGCCCUUCAGCUGCUUUGGACUACAAUUCCUAUCAGCACCUGGUUGGGCCUGAUGGGAGUUGUAGUCUAAAACAUCUGGAGGGCGUUGACAUCUGAAGUUGGUGACAGCUGCUUUAGGGAGUGAGGUUGGUUGGGCACCAUGGAUAGCAUGCCUGUUUUUCUGUUUUUAUUUGUUUGAAAUACAGUGAUACCUCAGGUUACAUACGCUUCAGGUUACAUGCACUUCAGGUUACACACUCCGCUAACGCAGAAAUAGUGCUUCAGGUUAAGAACUUUGCUUCAGGAUAAGAAUAGAAAUCUUGCUCCGGCGGCGCGGCAGCAGCAGGAGGCCCCAUUAGCUAAAGUGGUGCUUCAGGUUAAGAACAGUUUCAGGACCUCCGGAAUGAAUUAAGUACUUAACCUGAAGUACCACUGUACAUUUGAAAUACAUUUAUUUGAACCUGUCUUUAAGGCAGCGAACAAAAAACUCUUUUAAAUGGUUAGUUAUCUGAAUGCUUGGCCUCAUUUAAAGCUGUAUUGUACCACUUUAAACAGCCACAUCUUCCCUCAAAUAAUUCUGGGACCUGUAGCUUCCUAAACUAAGGUUGGGGACAUCCCUUGUUUAAAACCCAGAAGAGGGUCACAGCUCAGUGGCGGAGGCCCGCCCCCCCCCAAAAAAGCUUAGUGUUUUCUGUGGAAGUUUCGGAGUAAGGUUACUCUUUGUGGUGUGCAUGGCAGGUCUUGUCCACCUAGAUGUUGUUUUCUUGCAUUCCUUUCCCCAGAGGCACAUCUGACCUGGCAUGCCUUGCUCUGUCCUUCCAGCCCAAGCAAUAAACAGCCCGGGGGGGGGGGGAGGAUGCUUGCUCCAAGGUGCAAGGCUGCCCUCCAAAGAGAAAUUUCACUGGGAGGCUUGUUUCUGAGGAAUUUUCUCUUUUUUGUGAUUUUUUAAUUUGAUUUUUCAAACAUACACAUUUUUCAAACAUAAACGUUUUUCAAACAUAUACAAAUACAUUUCCAUAUACAGAGAUUUCUCUGACUCUCAUGACUUCCCCCCUCCAUCCCCUCAGUGGGUCCUAAUGUCAAUGUUUUCAACUGCAUAUUGUAUCGUAAUCUAUGUUUUAUAUCUAUCUAUAUUACCCAUCGUAUUUAUUACACUACAAGUGUAAUAAUAAUUCUGCUAAUGUUUUCAUCUGCUUACAGUGGUCUCCUAAAUAAAUUUUAAUUUCCCUCCAUUCUUUCCUGAAGUUUUUGUCUUCUUGGUUCCUGAGCUUUCCAGUCAGCUUUGCCAUUUCAGCGUAGUCCAUCAGUUUAGUUUGCCAUUCCUCUCUGGUAGGGACUAUUUCUUCUUUCCACCUCUGGGCCAGAUUUCUGAGGAAUUUUCUCAAAUCAGCACAAUAACAAUAUUCAGGAAAGCAAUUUUCCAAUUCCCGUGCUUCCACUGGGAUCUGUCAUUGUGAAAGCAACAUGACCUGCCUAUUAAUAUAAUAUAAUAUUACUGUAAACUGCUUUGGGAACCACUGUGGUAAAAAAAAAAGUGCCAUUGUGCUGUUAGGUGCAGUUCUGCGCCAGAGGAACCCAUGUAACCCCAGUAAUGUGGAGAGUGUUUGUGGCAUAGCCAGUAUUUUUGUGGGGCUGCAACAGUGCCUGACCAGAUGCCCCAUAGUUGCAUUUAGGGCUGUUAACAGCAGCAACUCUUCCUUUUCUCUGCCCCCCCCCCCAGCCUCUGCAACAUAUCUGUCCAUCUGAGGCCCCGUUUCCAUAGAUGCCUUUUCUGCCUCUUUCCCUUGGGGAGGGUGGGAAGUCGAGCCUGUUGCUUACAGUAUCCUAGCUUUCGGACUCAGUCUCCUAUUCCAGGAGGGCCUCUUCUGGUAAAGUUUGGGCAGGCCUGGAAAAUAUUUUGAAUUCCUGGAAGGCAGUAUCAAAUUUGUAGGAGAAGCCCUACAGAGGGUUUCCCUCAGCCUAUCCUAGCAUGGCAGUAAAAGCUGUCUUGCACAGUCACCCUGUGGUCAGUUUGGUGGUUGGAAGAGAAAAGGGGUGUGCCAUGUAUAAGCAAUCAAAUAAUAGCCCCAUAAAAGAGCACGUAUAGGGAGCAGCGCAAGGCAAGGCUGGCGGUUUUACCCACACUCGGAGAGAUUUAACCAGAACAUCGUUUUUAGAUCUGUGCUCUUUCUUCAUCUCCAUUCAACAAUUGCAAAGGGAGAAGGGAAGGGUUAGGGGAAAGGUUAGAACUUCAGUUUAGGGGAAGAACAUAAGAGACUGCUGGAUCAGGUCAAUGGCCCUUAUAGUCUAGAAUCCUAUUCUCACAGUGGCCAACCAGAUGCCUUACUGGGAAACCUCACAAGCAGGAUUCAAGCACAAGAGCCUUCUCCCCUCCUGUGGUGGGAGGGGAGCAACUGGCAUUCAGAAGCAUCCUGCUUCCCACCGCAGAGGCAGAGCAGAGCCAUUGUGGCUAGUAGCCAUUGAAAGCCUUGCCCUCCAUGAAUUUGUUCAGUUCUCUUUUAAAGCCAUCCAUGUCAGUGGCCAUCAUGGCCUCCGGCGUGAGUGUGUUCCAAAAGCAGCGACACGGGGAAAUGUAAACAUGUUUCACCAUCAUGCAAAGUGGCAACCGCACAUCUACUUUGCUAUAAAGCAGGGAUUGGAAUCCACCUGCUGCCUUCUGUAUGUUGUUGGACUACAACCGCCAUAAUUCCUGAUAAUUGAUUGUGCUGGGUGAGGCUGAUGGGAGUUGAAGUCCCGACAAGCUCUGGGAGCCACAGGUUCCCUGUCCCUGGCAUCGGCCAACUGUAUAGCCAAGUUGGUGACUGUCUGCACACCACGUACCUGUGACCUCAAAGGUGGAAAGAAUCUUCUUUCAUUGGCGGAUAGUUAGAUAGGAGGGGAUCUGACUUUUGGCCACAGCAAGAACACGUAGAGUCCUCAGAACAUAGGGAGCUGGUAAAUACAGAGUAUACCAGCAAUUUUCAAGUUCCCUCACCCCAAUGGAACACUUGAAAAUUGCCGAGGGUCUGGGCAGACCAUCUAAUGAUAUUCCUCUGCCCAUUCUUUAGCAAUUGCAAUGCCCUGUGCUAGAUGUUGUAUGAUCUUUAAUUGCAUUUCCCCCUCCCUUCUUUUAUUUCUUAGGUAAUUGUGUUUUAUUGUAUUCAAGUUGCAACACAAUAAAACACAACGUGAGAAAUAAAAGAAGCAAUAAAAUACAAGUAAAAGUUGGUACGAGUAUUUAAUGCGAUGGGCAUGCUUUCUCUCGUCUUCAGCCACAAAUCCACAGAAGCACUGCGGACCACCUGGAUGAAACUGGUGGUCCUGUCCACUAAUUGCAGUUUGGGAAUCCCUGGUCUUCCACUGAGUGCCAAAAGCUCUCUUUCGAGAUUUCAGAUGGGUCUCUACCAGCCCUACUUGGGGACCCUCCGUAUUGAACCUGACACCUUCUCCUUACAAAGCUUGUGUCGUGCCACUCAGCUAUCACCCUUCUUUUUCUCUUGUCCAGCAGACAGCUCCCCCUUCCCUGUGUUUUCUGUGAACGCCCACUUGGGCUUUGAAAACCGUACAAAACAUUUUCUUCUCAUUCUUUGCUUAAGGGGCCUCAAUCAGCCACUAGUUGUAAACAAAACAGUCUUGCUGGGGGGGAAUGUGCUUUCGGCCUCCUGGGAGGAAACGCAGUACAGGAAGCAUGAAGGGACUUAGAACUGAGAGCGAGAUGUAGAAGGGGCCAAGAAUUAGUAGGCAGAGCAGUUUGGUGAGAUCUGUAGACUGGCAUCUCACUAAAGAAUUAAGUAUGGAGUUGAGUGAUGGUAACUCAUUCUGCAGAGUUACUGCUUGGCAUGCCAUACUGAAGCUUAAACUUCCACAUAACAGUGAUGUUCAGAAGUAGCAAAUCUGUUGUGUGAUCCAGCACCAAAAUGUGAAAUGGAAUGUUUUUUCCAAGUAUAUUUUAAGGGUGGCCCUUUUGGGUUGGCACCUGCUAGCAAUUGAUAGACCGCAGUGAAAAAGCCUGUUAUUUACCUUUUUAUAAACAGGCAUAGUUUGGAAGGUAUGAAAUCUUCCCCAAUCUGGUGCCCUCUGACUGUUUUCAACUACAAUUCCCAUCAACUCCAAGCCAGCACAGUUUGAUGGCAGUCAUGAAGGGCACUGGUUGGAAAAGACCGAUGAGAGACUGGCAUCGAGACUCAAAAGAGGCUGGCUUCCCCCUUCCACCACCUCCUUGGGGCUCCAGUAGAAACUUAUGUUUUGAAGUAAAUUCUGAAUCUCUGUGUGUCCUGCUGCUGCGGGAGGGGUGGAGGGCAGCAGGACGCACAAAGGGAAUUCUCUGGUUGACUCACAGCUCUGGCACUUCCUGCCCAGGAGAGGAGAAGUGGGGAGGAGAGACUUUGCUUGUGCUAGAAGGAGGGUCCCAGGCCCUUAGCUGGUCUGCCAGCCAGCCCAUCUGAUAAAAUCCUCCUCUGUUGUUGGGUUUGGAACACUUCACAAUCUGAAAGAACAAGAAACCGGCUAAUGAACAGCAGCACUUGCUGCUAUUUAUUUGCUUUGCAUUCUUUAAACUUAAAUAAGAGCAAAUGAUCACAGGAAUUGCUUUAUCCCCAGCCAGGCCAUUGGCCCAUUGAGCUCGGUAUUGUCUGCACUGACUGGCAGCGACUCCGCAGGACUUUUAACAGGAUUCUCGCUCAGCCUUGCCUGGAAUUCAAGGCAGACUCUGACAUUGAGCUAUGGUUCUUCCCCAUAUGAAUGGGGCAAAGAAAGUCGGGUUAAAAGGAGAGAGCGGGGCAUGCGGGAGGGAGAGGAGAAGGACAACCCUGAAUGAUUAGUUUGGUUUGAGCUGGAAUCUGCAGCAGCCAUUCCUCUGAGAUAAGCCCCACUGAGUCCAAUGACACUUCCAGGUAGGCCUCUGUGUGUGCACUUACUUAGUCCUACUGAAUUCGGUGGGACUUACUUCCGAGUAGACAUGCAUUGGAAUUGCACCGUAAACUGGCCUUUCUUCUCAAAGCAGCUCCACUUUGCUUGUGUGUCUCCUGCUUUGUUCAAAAUCACCCAGAGUCUGUAUCUUUUUUUCUUUUUCUUUUGCGUCCUUUUAAAAUCUUACAUCAUUUCCAUUGCCUUUGCUCUCUUUUAAAAGGCACAGAUGUGUGUAUAUUCGUUUCAGCGCAGGGUGUCUUUUCUGAAAGCUUCUCAUCUCCUGCUCAACGGUUAGGCGUGUCAUUUUGUUUGCAAACAGCGCUUUUUAUAAAUAGGCCGACACAAGUCUCUAGCUCCAGGUUUGUUGUUUUUAACCCAUUUCCCCCAUGUGUAUUCAUGUUCUUUAUUUGUGGGGAGGGGGAGAGCCAACUAAUUUCACCUGCAAAAGAGGGAGCAUUUCUUCUUACUAGGGCACCAGGCAAGUUCUGUAUACAGACCGGAGAGUCCUGCCUGGGACGUUCCACCCAGUGACCUUUGCUCAUUGAUAAAUUACUUUCCUUUUCCACUUCAAAGGAGAUCUUUGCAUGAACUGGGCUGGGGCAGUCACAUGGGCACCCUCACGUCCUUCUGAAGGCCAACCCUUUUUGGCUAUAGCAGUGAAGGUGUCUCCUUAGUCUUAAUUUAGAAAGAGGAGGUGCAAUGGGCAGGGGGGUGGGUAUAUGUGGGGUGAGGAACCGCAAGACCGAGGGCCAGAUGCAGCCCCCACACCCCAGCCUCUCAGUUUGGCUCCCGAGACUCCCCACUUCCCAGGCCACACACCCCGCCAGCGCUGCUCCACAGCCCUCUCCAAUGUUUUUGCCUGGCUGGAAUGUGUCCUUGAAGUGCAGUUGUGCUUACCUAGAUUCGUACGUGUGUAGAAACCAUUUACUUUGAUGUGGGUGGAAUGUAGCCCAGGCCCUGUCUGCACUGUAUAUUUAAAGCAGUUUAAGACCCCUAUUGCUCUGAAAGAGCCUCAGUUUCCAGAGUCAAUCCCUCUUCCCAGGGAACUCUAGGAAUUGCAGCUCAGCGAUGGGAAUAAGGGCCUCCUAGCAACUCUCAGCACCCUUAAAACAAACUACAGCUCCCAUAAUUCUUAGGGAGAGGGAGAAACCGUGUCUUGUUUAAAGUGGUAUCAUAGUGUUUAAAUUUAUGGCGCGAGUAUGGCCCCUCUGUGAACACUUCACUCCGGUGAUCCUUUUGAGCACAGUUUAUGUGAUGCUGACUGCAAAUUGUACCUCUGGGAGCCAUCUUGUACAGCUUGGGGGGGGGUGUGCCAGUUGGUGACCUCUCUCUACACUGUUCAGCCAUUGGUGCCCUGCCACCCGCUGUCUUCCCCCUCUCCCCCAUGCCCUCUGCCACCCCCUGCUGGCCACCCUAACUCCCCUCCUCUCUGCCUCUCUUGCAGAACGUGCUGGCCAAGGCGCUCUACGACAAUGUGGCCGAGUCCCCUGAUGAACUCUCCUUCCGUAAGGGCGACAUCAUGACGGUGCUGGAGCGCAACACGCAAGGGCUGGAUGGCUGGUGGCUCUGCUCCUUGCACGGGCGGCAGGGCAUCGUCCCCGGCAACCGCCUCAAGAUCUUGGUGGGCAUGUACGACAAGAAGCAGCUGCCACAGCAGACGGCACAGACACCACAGCAGACGCCGCAACCGACGGGGCAGACCCCCCUGGCCUACACUCACCAAGGGGGCUACACCACGUCCCCCGCCUCCCAGUACACCUCUAUGCACCCCUCCUUCCUGCCCCAAGAGGACAAUGUCUACCUGGUGCCGGCGCCAAACAAGGCCCCGGGGGCACCCCUCCACCAGGGCACAUUGACCGCGGGCCAGUUCCAGUCGCCCCCGGGCAAGCAGCCCCCCGUCUACCCAAAGCAGAGCCCCUCUCAAUGCCAGGAGGUGUACCAAGUACCAGCUGGACCGGCCAGCCCGCCCCAGGACAUUUACCAGGUCCCUCCAGCUCCCGCGGGGCUGGGGCAGGACAUCUACCAGGUGCCUCCUUCGCUGGAUGGACGGGGAUGGGAAGCCCCAAAGACCCAAGGAAAGGUAAGCCUCUGAAGGGCACCUGUUCACUUGACAAGUUUAUAGUGUGGCCGCCUUUAGAGUACUGCGUACAGUUCUGACUGCCUCGCCUCGAAAAGGAUAUUGCAGAGUUGGGAAAGGUUCAGAAAAGGGCAAGCAGAACGAUCAAGGGGAUGGAGCGACUCCCCUCUAAAGAAAGGUUGCUGCGUUUGGGGUUUUUUAGUUUAGAGAAAAGGCAAGGAAGGGGAGACAGGAUAGUUUAUAAAAUUAUGCAUGGCAUGGAGGAAGUGGGUGGGGGUAAGUUUUUCUCCCUCUCCCGUUGCUAGAACUGGUGGACAUGCAGUAAAGCUGAAUUUAGGAAGAUUCGAGACAGGUAAAAGAAAGCCCUUCUUCACACAGCAUCUAGUUAAAUUUUGGAACUCUCUCUCUCCCGGGAGGCAGUGAUGGCUUUAAAUGAGGAUUAGGCAAAUUCAUAGAGGAGAUGGCUAAUAGUGGCUUCUAUCCAUGGUGGCUAUGCUCUGCCUCCACAGCUGGAGGCAGCAAUGAUUCUGAAUACCUGUUGCUGGAAGCCACAGGAAGGCUGCUCUCGUGUUUCAAUCGUGCUUGCAGGCUUCCCAGAAGAGGCAUCUGGCUGGCCACUGUGAGACCAGGAUGCUGGACUAGAUGGGCCGUUGACCUGAUCCAGCAGGAUGUUCUUAUGUUCUAAUGUUCCUUCAGAGCACCAGAGUGGGGCUGGUGGGAGAUGCAGUCCAAAACAUCUGGAGGAUGCCAGGCUGGUAUAAAGAAAGGAUACCCUGUCCGCAUGCCAGCGGGUGAUUGCUUGUAUAGGCCGAUGAGGACCAACUCUGCCUUGCUUAAGCCUGGGCAGCUUUGCAAUGCAUUUGACAGGCACACUGGCCAGCAAAUCAAGCACCGAUUCAGUAUUCUGUCCUACUUCCCUUCACGCUGCAGGAGAGCUGUCUGAUCUAUUUUUAAAUUGCAACUUGUGUGUUUAUGCAAAUGAAAGUAGAUUAUCUCUCUCUCUCCCCCCCCCCCCUUUUAAUUUUAAGAAAAGCAGAAUCAAGUCUUAAAAUGUUGAAAACCCCCUUAGCAGGAAGAGCCGGUUUCUUGCCCAUCACUGGCUUCCAUUGUGAAUAGGCAGAGGCAGGUCUCUCCACCUCCCCCCCGCCCCCGGGUUUAGCAUGAGAGCAGAGAGUCAGAUGCAGGAGUGAUGCUCCCAGGAGAAAUCCACCAUUCUGCCGUCAGAGUGGGCAAGAGUGACUUUUAUUCCUGCAGUCAGACAGUGGUAGUAAAGUGGCUGUGAAGGCAUUGUCUUGCGACCUUUGGCACAGAGAAAGAGAAAGGGGCAUAAAUGGUUCCUUGUUAGCGGUUGCUGAGCUGGGCGCUUUUCACGGCUGAGAAGAAAGUGCUUCUUCUGCACGGGGUCCAUUAUUAUGAAUUAUCUGUACAGCCUCGCACGCCAGGGGUGUCCAGCAUGAUGCCCUUCAGAGGUGGUUGUUGGACUCCAGCUCCCAUCAACCCUGACCAUUGGGCAGGCUGGCUGCAGAGGCGGACGGGAGCUGGGGGCCCCAGUGACAUCUGGAGAGGGCUACAUCAGCUGCCCCUCAGACACGUGCAAGGAGAAACAGACGCAAAGAAGCUCCCUGUCCCAUCGAGCUCAUAGUAAAACGGAGCCCGUUGAGUUCAGGUGCAUGGGCAUAAAUGUGGAAUGGGGGGAGGCCGUUGAAAGAAGAACAGCGAGGAAACACAUGCAGGUUGCUGUUGUUAGAACACUAAUGAAAGCACUGCUGAUGUGCAUGGCAUUCAAGACCACAGUCGGCUGCCCCGAUGGGCUUACAAGGUAUAUUUUAAUAUAGGGGAGGCAAGAGGAGAAAGGUAAAUGGGGGAAAGCAGAAGAAGCCAUUCUUAUGUUUAGCUAAAGUAGAGGUUGGGGACCAGGGAGUUGUAGCAAAGGGUGGUUGGUGGUCAUAGAAUUGUUGAGUUGGGAGGGACCUCAAGUGUCAUCUAGCCCAACCCCCUGCAGUGCAGGAAUCACAGCUAAGCAAUGCAGUUAACUAAUUUGUUUAAAAUAUUUUUAUCCUGACAGGUAAGCAUGAAUUGCUAAAACUACAAUAGAACACUCACACAUAAAAGUCUUUCAGCUGAACAUCAAUAGUAACACCAGAGGAGCCAGCCUAAAGAGCACUGCCUUAAGCUGGUUCCUGCUGCACCCUGCUGGCUCUGCUGGCCUGGGGGUUCCUGCAGGGGGGAUAGAAAUCCAUUUGCAACACCGGCAGCCAUGCUUCAGACUGCAAAGAUGCCCUGGGAUUUUUCAGCCUGCCUUGCUCAUUGUGGGCAGGCGGCCGCUACCCCAUUGUGGCAAUCAACCUACUACUGUCUGCUUUUAAAAGCUCUUUGCUUCUCUGAAUGGGGGCAGAGGCAGUUAGUGUUCCUGGACUGCUGGGGCUGGGUUGCCUUCCCCUGCCCCCAAGUGCUGGUGCUUGCAUUCUUUACAGAGAGCUUCCUGGAGAUUUGCACCUUGCCUCCUGCCUCCGCUGCCUCCCUCUGCAGUGGAGGGUGGAGACAGGGGCGUGUGUGUGCUCCAGCAUGGCUUUCCCCUGGGGAGGGGGGUUUGCAGCAGGCUGUGAGGAGCGGUUUCCUGUUUCUCCCUGGGAAAGGAAAUGGCCUCCCUCUGGGUGGGAGGCCUCCUUAUCCAUCUCUGAGGCUCCCUCAACUUGGUUCCUGGGCAAGCCUGUUUCUGGAUUGGAGACAGACAAGGCUCUUGUAAGGAGGCAUGGCUGAUGCCUUUGGUUUCUCCCAGAGUGCCAUAUCAAAAUUUCGGGUCUUGCAGUGCAAGGGGAGAGCAGAGGGUUGGAGCAUUUGGUUUGCCUGCAGAAGUUCCCAGAUUCAGUCCCCGGUAGAGAACCUCUGCCUGAAACCCCAGAGAGAGCUGCUGUACAUCAGAGUGGGCCAUACUGAGCUAAGUGGACCAGUGGCCUGACUGAGGCUGUGUACACACCAUGUACUAUCCCUGCCCCCAAAAUCAUGAGAGUUGUCGUUACGCCUCGCAGAGCUACAGUUCCCAACGCUCUAAACAAACUAUAGUUCCCAUGAAUCUUUGGGGCUGGGGAGGAGAAAUGUGCUUUAAAUGAAUGGUGUAUACACAGCCUCGGUGUAAGGUAGCUUCCUGUGUCAUACCUGAACCCCAGCUUUAUUCAGAACCUUGAGGACUGGAACCUUCAGAUUGUAUCCAGUGUUAGUACACACAGGUCCUGCUUCACAAACACAAGGCGUUCCCCAGAAAUCGUUCCUUAGGCGAGCGUUUGCAUAACCUGUUGGCUAUUUCCAUUGAUUCCUAUGAGGAAGUUUCCAAUGCAUUCCUAACCACGGAAUUUUGACCCCCGAAAGCAAAAACCAACCAACCAACCAACCUGGGAAAACCCAGGGAAAAUGCUCUCUGGUUAGUCUGUUUGCUCCCCUUGCCUUCCUCAGCCAACUAAAGGCAAACAAGGACAUGACAAACCUGGGUCUGUUAAUUUCCGUGUGUCUGCCCUGAGCCGAACGUAGUUAGAUACAGUCCUUGUUUUAUAUUUAGGAGGUGGCUCACAGCUCACUGGCAGAGCUCAUGCUUUGCAUGCAGACAGUCCCUGGUUCAAUCCCUGGCAUCUCCAGGUAGAUGAGGCUCUAGCGGCCUGAAUCUCUGGAAAGCCACUGCCAGUCCGUGCAGACAGUAUUGGGCUGGGGAGACAGAUAGUCCUGUGUGUUGUGUGUCGGCAGUAGGCAAAGCACCCGGCAUGCUUGUCCUCCGUUAAGUAGCCGCCGCUGCUGCUGCUGCUGGCUGACCUUGAAGGAGAUUUGGAUGGAGCAGGCCUGGCAGAGCAGUAAAUGAUUCAGGAAAAAAGCUUCUCUUACUUGGCAGCCGGCCAGGCCUGCCUGCCUGCUAGGUCCCCACCCACGCCUCUUCCUCGCCGGUGACCUUGUUGCUUUUUCCUGCCUUUGAGGGCAGGCCAAAGGGGUACCAUGCAGGGUGUGUUUGUGUGUGUGUGUGUGUUUUGGGGGAGUGGCUCACGGUGGUGCUGUGCGAGUGGCACCACUCUGGGCAAACCUGUGUUGCAGCAUCUGGCUGCUUCUGUGCCACGGGAAGAUCUCCAUUUUUCAGGGCAGUGCCACGUUAACAUAUUGCAUUUAUAUCCCACCUUUGAGGAGCUCCAGGUAGCAUGCAGGGGUCUUCUGCCCUUUUUAGGUUAGGCUGAGGGGCAGUGCCUGUCCCCCAAGGUCAUCAAGGGAAAGCUUCAUGGCCAAGCGGGGAUUUGAACCCUGGUCUCUCCCAGGUCCUAGUCAGUCACUCUAAACCAGUGUUUCUCAGACUUGGGUCGUCCCCGGCUGUUGUUGGACUGCAAUUCCCAUCCUCCCUAGCUAGCAGGACCAGGGAUCGGGGUGGUGGGAGUUGUAGUCCAGUAACAGCUGGGGAAUUUUGACCACUGACCAUAAGUGAAGGUUCUCCUAAAGAUAUGAAGCGAUGACAUCAAGCACACCUCUGGUUCGAUGGCUGCCAUCCUGAGAACCACCACUUCCCCUUUUCCAAACAAAACAAGUUCCCACACCUUAUGGCUGUGGUGUUUGGAAUACGUGGGCUGUGCAUGAUGAAAUCUGGAAGUCCUUGGCAGGCUCUGUUGGCUUGAAAACCUGCAAAAUGCGUAUUCCCACCCUCAUGAGCAUCUUAUUAACUUGCUAAUUGUAUGUUGGUUUUCCUGCUUCUUUUAAUUUUUGUUACAAAGCAUCAGAUCUGUAGAUUCUAGCAUCCAAAGUGUCUUGGGAGACUUUAGAUCUGGGGUAUUACAUGGGAGAGGUUGCAAAUUUGCUAUGGAGACAAUUGGUGGUGCUGCCACCGCUGCCGCCAGCUCUUGCCUGGGGUCAUUUGUGGAGUUUGGGAUUGGGGGUAAGUGGUUGAAAAGUGACAUAGUUGAACUAUGGCACUCGCUCCCACAGGAGGAAAUGAUGACCACCAACCGUGCUCUGAUGGUGUUUCCUGCUUGGCAGGGGGUUGGACUCGAUGGCCCUUGUGGUCUCUUCCAACUCUAUGAUUCUAACCUAGAUGGCUUUAGAAAAUAAUUAGACAAAUUCAUGAUGGAGGAGAGGGCUAUCAGCUGCUACCAGCUCAAAGGGCCAUUCUGUGCCUCAGUGGUUGGAGGCAGCAAUACUUCUGAAUACCAGUUGCUGGAAACUGCAGAAGCGAAGAGGGCUCUUGUGCUCGGGUCUUGCUUGCGGGUUUCCCCACAGGUACCUGGGAACAGAAUACUGGAUGUGAUGGGCCAUGGGCCUGAUCCUGCAGGGCUUUUCUUGCGUUCCUAUGUUCUUAGGAGUGCUUUGGCUCACUAAUUUCUGUAUACCAGACUUUGCAGACACCAUGUUUUGCAUCCAUCCCCUCUCUGACCCACCUGCCAUUUCUGAGGUCCCCAUUCCAGGAGGGCUGAGUCUUCAUUAGUGGCUACUAGGCAUGAUGGCUCUGCUCUGCCUCCAAGGUCAGAAGCAGCAAUGCUUCUGAAUACCAGCUGCUGGAAACCGCAGGAGGGGAGAAAUUGCCCUUGUGCUCAGGUCCAGCUUAUCCGCCUCCCACAGGCACCUGGGUGGCCAUGAGCCUGACCAAUAGGCUCUUCUUGUGCUCUUACGGCAUGCGGGGGCAACUUGCCUCCUCUCUGAGCUUCAGUGCUUUUGGCAGCUCUCUACCCUACCCCAGGCAGAUCAGAAGCAGGAUAAAUAAUGCAGCCUGAGUGCAUUGUUAUAAUUUAGUUAGCAAGAGCCGGCUUUUGCAAAGACUCAUUCCUGCUUAACCUUGUAGCGGGAUUCCACGUUUUCGUUGUAUUGCACUCUGACUGCGCUUGGAGACUCCUGCAGCCUCUGGCUUCCGAUGCCUCUCUAUGCAUGCACUCCCCCCCCCCCCUGCAAACUAGCGGCAGCCGGGAAGGCGUCUGCGGCAGGGUCCCUCGUCUCCCCCCCCCCUGCCUCCAGAAGUGGCCGCCCAUGAGGGAAUGAGCGCACAUUGUGCUUCAUCUCAAAGCCCUUCAUUUGCUCAGAGCCAGAAAUAGAACAUGAUGUCAUCCCUGCCUCCCCUGGAGAAGGGGCUCCUGCUGCAAGGUGCCUGGAGGUUCCUUCCAGAUGGGGGCUGCCUGUGGGCAGGCAGCGCCCUCUGCUGGAGGAAAGGACGAGCUGCAUCCUAUGUGACACACACACAGGCUAUUUAGGAGCAUCUUUUAGGGAAGAGCUUGUUGGAUCAGUGGUGUGUUCCCAGUACUGUUCGCCCCAGCGUGAAAAAGCUCUUCAGCAGCAUUUGGGCAUAAGGAAGCAGCGAAGAGGUCAGGGCACUGGAUAGUGCAUUGGACUUGGCUGAAUGCUUGGAGGGGCGCUGAUGUCCCCCCACCCCUGGCUUUUCGGGGUGACUUUGAGCUAGUCUUUAGGGCAUCUCCCAACCCCCCUAAAAGUGCAGGGGGGUUGGAAAGGAUCCUUGGUGAAUGCAAUAGGUGAGCCUGAGAUGUUGCGGUGUCUCAGACACAUUGGGGCCCCCAGAGUUAGCCUCGGGCAAGUGGAGGUCAGACCUGUGACUUUCCCAGCCAGGUUCCCACCUGCCUAGCUCAGCAAACUUUGUCUCAUCCACCCCUCUUUUCCCCCCCGUGCAGGUUGUCGUCCCCACGCGUGUGGGUCAGGUCUACGUCUAUGACUCCCCCAAAGGAGAGCAGGAUGAGUACGACUUUCCCCGCCACCUCCAGGAGAUCUAUGACGUGCCCCCGACUAGGGGUCUACUGGGGAACCAAGGCAGCCAGGAGGUGAGUGAUGCCUUCUAGAAGUGGGGGGAGUCUGGUUGGCAUGGGGCCCACGCAUGUGGGUUGGUGGUGAAACCUCUGCUUCCAAAUCACCGGCCCUCAAUGGGUUUCAAACUCAUUAGAAAUUAACAUCUCUUGCUCUCCUUUGUUCCUUUUGCCAGGUAUAUGACACCCCCACCUUGGCAGUCAAGGGCCCCAACAGCAGGGAUCUGGCUCAUGCCCAGGAUAUUUAUGAUGUGCCCCCCAGUGUGGAAAAAGGCCUGCAGGUGGUGAGUAUGGCAUGCAGGGUUUCCGAGGCGUGGAAGUGGGGAGGGCCUCUAUCUUCAGUGGCAGGGGCUGCAGUGGGGGGCUGCCCUAGUGCUUAGGAGAGCAACUCUGACCCAGCAGAGUAGAAGGCGAUUGACCCGGAGGCAAAACAAAAAUUGCCAAGAAACACCCACCCCACCAAGUACACUCUCUGAAGCAUAGGAUUGAUUUAUUGUGUAACUUAAUAGAAACAGUUUUAUGGCCACAGAUGAUAAGAAACAAAAACCUGAAUGCUAGACCCUACCCCAGAGCCUCUUGAGGGCAGAGGAUCUACCAAGAGCCCCCCCCCCCCAUUUGCCGAUCUGGGCACCUUAGACAGUCUUUAGGGAAAAUGUCAGUCUUUGGGGCCCAAGUGAGCACCUUGAAUGGGGCCCAGAAAUGAACUAGCAGCAUGUUACAAGCUGAGGGGGCUACAGAUGUGCUGCUGGAUUAAACGCCAGCUUUAAUACCCUCCUGCAGGUGUACGACUUCCCCCCAUCGGUCAGCAAGGACGUCCCCGAUGGCCCCGCGCGGGAGGAGACCUACGACGUGCCCCCCGUCUUCUGCAAGGCCAAGCCGUUUGAUCCCUUACGGCACCCACUCAUCCUUGCCCAGCCCUCCGCGCCGGCGGCAGAGCCUUACCUGCCCGAGGAUGUGUACGACGUACCUCCGGCCGCCAGCAAAGGGGUUCCCGAGGCCCAGGAGAUCUACGACGUGCCGCCCGGCCUGAGGAAGCUGGCGAGCCAGGAGGUCUACGACGUGCCGCGGGAGCUGCCAGUGGGCAGCAAAGACGGGGAGGGCGACUACAUCUACGACGUGCCGCCCCAGGUGGACCGGGAGGGCAAGGCGGGCGACGGCAAGCGCCUCUCGGCCUCCAGCACAGGCAGCACCCACAGCAACCACUCCAGCUCCUCCCUGGACAUGGUGCCCGUCAAGGAGGCCCCUGACAGGGACUUGCACCUCGACCAGGACGUUGCCAUGGAGACGCUGGCCCGGCUCCAGGGCAACGUGGGCACCGCCGUCUCCUACCUCAUGUCCUUCAUCAGCGGCAGCUGGCGCAGCCCCGAGCAGAUGGAGGUGCAAGCGGCCCGCAUCCAGGGGGCGGCCGAGAGCGUCCGGGGGGCGCUGCGGGAACUGCUGGAGUUUGCCCGCGCGGCCGUGAGCAGCGCCUCGCAGGCCUCGGACCGCUCCCUCUACGCCAAGCUGAGCAAGCAGGUGCAGAAGAUGGAGGACGUGUACCAGGCUCUGCUGCGGCACAGUCAGGCUCUGGAUGGCUGCGGCUGGGCCCCCGGCGCCCUGGUGGCUGGCAAGCCGGGGUCCCCGCCGGACGACCUGGAGCACCUGGUAAUGUACUCGCGGGGGGUGCCGGACGACACCAAGCAGUUGGCCUCCUUCCUGCACGGGAACGCCUCCUUGCUCUUCCGGAGGACCAAGGUGCCCCCCACCUCCCUGGGAGGGGAUGGCAGCCUCGCCCACGGCACCCCGGCUGACAAGGCAAGCAGCAUCCAGUCCCGGCCCUUGCCCUCUCCGCCCAAGUUCCUGACCCAGGACUCGCCCGAGGGGCAGUAUGAGAACAGCGAGGGCGGCUGGAUGGAAGACUAUGACUACGUCCACCUGCAGGUGGGGUUGGGCGGCGGGGAAGAGGAGGGGUGUGCUGUGGGGGGGAAGGGCAGAGUGCCCACACACAUAACACACACAGAGCCUCCAAAGGGGCAAGCCACCACCGGGGGAAGAUGGACAGGUGGGAGGGGGGCGGGCCUCGCUAGGUCCUCCGUCUCUGUUCCCAAAGUCCCGUCGUCCUCAGGGGUCAAACCCCUUUCUAGGUUCCAGCCCCCAAGCCACACUCCUGGGAAAUCCAGCCAGAAUAUAAUAGUUCUAUAUUUUAAAAGCCUGGCACCAGGCUAAUUUUUUCAUCGUUAUCAUCGUCUAUAUAUCUGCCACCUUUUCAUCGUUAAGCCAUGCUCAAGGCGGCUUACGACAUGUAAAGGUUCGCGUCAUUGCAAGAAUAUAACCAAAGCGGUGAAUGAAAACAUAAUCAAAGCAUAAACAGCAAAAUUAAAUCUUCCUCACGUAAUUCGUAAGAAGAUCUAAAAACAAGGAUACAAUACGUCAAUAUCAACACCAGCAAAAUUAAGACCUCCAAAAUUGACUUUUUUUUAGAUAAGGAGCUUUGUAGCCCAGGUGGCAGAAGCAGGAAGGCCCCCUCCUCUCUCUGCUCUUCACCCACUUUGCCUUAGGUUAAGUAUUGCCAUUAAUAUACAAAGCCUCUGAAGUUUCUUGGGCCCUGCACAAAUAUUUUUGCUUUAAAAAAAAACAGGCCCUGCCUGCAGCUUUAUAAUCGAAUAAUCUGGGCCGGCCCUUUCAUGAGACAGGGUGAGGCAGCUGCCCAAGGCAGAUGUGCCCAGAGGCUUGCUGCCCUCGGGGGCUGUAAAGGCUGCUGCCCCAUUACCAGUGCUGAAGUAUGUUCCAGCUGCUGGUCUAGUCAGUUUUUGUAUGUAGAAGAGCAGGAGCUGCCCUUGUCUCCUUUGCCUCAGACGAUAAAAUAUCUUUCAGCUCAACCAACGAGUGUGCCUACCAGUCACAUGUCUUCUGCAAGAUUCUUGUUUGGUUUUGCUGCAGCAGACUAACACUCUUACCGCACUGAAAUUUGCACACAACCACCUCCAGUGCUGUCUCUGGUCCCUGCCAGGGAGAGGCUCUCAGAGCUGUGGUGGCCUUUUGCCAGGUCAGAUCAUGGAGCUGUCUUGCUCAGGGCUGUCUCUGUUGAUGGGUACUGGUGCUCCAGACUCUCAAGGGAGCCUUCUCCUGGAGAUGUCAAGGUUUGAACCUGGGGACUUUCCUCCUGCCAGGCAGAUGCUUGAACCACUGGGGUAUGGCCCUUCCCCAGCGGUGGAAAGCUGAAAAAUGGGCAGGUAGGAAAUGCCUUUUUGCACUCAAGUCACUGAUCCAGGUAGCGCAGUGUUGCCUACACCUGUCCUUACCAACCAGGUGUCCACCAGAUGUGCUGACUGGGGUUGAUUGAAAUUGCAGUUCCAAAACAUCUGGAGGGAGCCAGUCCUUUUUUGGAUGCCUUGGCCAAGAACCUUUUCAAAGUGAAGGUGCCGGGGGCUGAACCUUCUGUAUGCCAAGCAGAUGCUCUAUCACUGAUGGAGCUGGGUUCCUUGUGCUGUGGGUCUGUCCCUCUGGUUGCACCCGCACUAACCUCCUUUUCACCCCUUUAAAAAACAACUAGGGAAAGGAAGAGUUUGAGAAAACCCAGAAGGAGCUGCUUGAGAGGGGCAACAUCAUCCGGCAAGGGAAGGGGCACCUGGAGCAGCAACAGGUGAGUAGGGUGGGCUUCCUGGGUCCAGCCCCACCACUAAGGCUUUUGCCAGGCACAUGUCAAUGGCGCAUGCACAACAUGGUCAUCGCCUGUAAUGCUUUUGGCAGGGUAGCAGGCACUGGGGAUGAGUUCAUGGAACAAAUGGCGUGGUGGCCCAAAAAUGUUUGGUCGCCAUUGAUGGUAAAGGAUGUCAGGGUAGCUUAAGCAGGGCAGGCCAUGUGGCACUCUCCACUCCUGCCUCUCCACAUUUACCUACCAUUCACUGUUUUCAAAAGUCCGCUGCCUGAGUCUACGUACUCACUCUGCCUAACGGUAGGGCCGGUUGUGUGGAUCUGUGGCUUCCAGGAUGCCACCACAUCCCAGUGGCAAAGCCCAUGUAACCCUGCGGGGAGGAAGCUGGCUCAUUCUGUCGCAAGCCAGGAAGGGUAGGGGGGAGUCAUUUGUCCUCAGCAGCCCACCCUUGCUUGACGGAGCACCCUGUGCUUUUCCCCCCCUGUCCGCAGCUGAAGCAGUUUGAGCGCCUGGAGCAGGAGGUCACGCGGCCCAUCGACAACGACCUGUCCAACUGGACGCCCCCGCAGCACUACGCCCACGUGCGGGCCGGGGAUGGGGCCUCCCUCUGCCCCUCUGACCGGCAGCUGCUCCUCUUCUACCUGGAGCAGUGCGAGGCCAACCUCACCACCCUGACCAACGCCGUGGACGCCUUCUUCACGGCCGUCAGCACCAACCAGCCCCCCAAGAUCUUCGUGGCGCACAGCAAGUUCGUCAUCCUGAGCGCCCACAAGCUGGUCUUCAUCGGGGACACUCUCUCGCGCCAGGCCAAGGCCCAGGACGUGCGUCACAAGGUCACCCACUACAGCAACCUGCUUUGUGACAUGCUCAAGGAGAUUGUGGCCACCACCAAGGUGGCCGCGCUACAGUACCCCUCCCCCGCCGCUGCCCAGGACAUGGUAGCACGGGUCCACGAGCUCGCCAACAGCACGCAGCAGUUCCGGAUGGUGCUGGGGCAGCUCGCGGCCAUGUGAAGCCCACCCUUGGCUUCGUAGGGGCGGGGGGAGGCCUGCCGACGAUCCACACCCACCCACCCAAACACUGCAAAUGGGCUGUAAAUACUUAUCCAGACUCUCCUGGGUUGGUGGGCUGGCUGCUCCCUCCCCUCCCUCUUUGCUCCACAGACAAUGGACCUUCCUGCCAGUGGUUCCCAUGUGCCUGAUGUGGUUCACAAGGGAGGAUCCUGACGGCCCUGAUGGCAACCGGGGAGAAGGUGGUGGAAGGCAAAUAGUUAUCCUUCCCCCUCCCCCACACCCUGUUUGAUUCUGAAAUGGUUUGGCUAAUGAGCACUAUUUAAAUCAAAUAAAGAGACAUAGAAUCCAAGCAAUUAGGGGGUACGGGAGAAACAUUGGGGUGUGUGUGUGUGGUUUCUUCCCCCUCUUGCCAUGGUUACAUCAGUGCCCUUAUCUGUGGAAGAGCCUUGGGAUGCCAGCAAACAAAUUUGCCCAGGUUGUUCAGUCGACACAGAAGGAAGCUGAUCCACAAGCAGAGAGAGAGAAUGUGUGUGUCUCAUUAGGGUUGUCAACCAGGCAGCAAUUUGGUCUAAAACUUUGCAUGUCCAAAACGGGGGAGAGCGUCGAUCCGUUCCAGCUUCACUACCUUGCCUGGACGAAAUGUAAACUGCUGCUGUCACAGUGCAAAUACACAAAGCUAUGGGCUGCGACCGCAUUUGGAAUACUGUGUACGGCUCUGGUCGCCUCUGGAUAUUGUAGAGCUGGAGAAGGUUCAGAAAAGGGCGGCCAAAACAACCGACUCCCCUGUGAAAAAGGUCGCAGCGUUUGGACCUCUUUAGUUCAGAGAUAAGGCUAGAUAGAGGUGGUGUGAUAGAAGUUUGUAAAAUCAUGUAUGGCAUGGAGAAAGUGGAGACAGAAAAGUCUUCCCUCCCUCUCUCAUGACGCCAGAACUCCAAGGAAGCUGGAUGUUGCGAGUUUCAGGACAGAUAAAAGAAAAUCCCUUUUCUCCCAGCUCAGAGUGAAACUUGGCUUUGCAAUGCUCCUUCUGUGGUGUUCAUCCUUUCCUCUGCUCAUUGCCAUUUCCCUUUGCUCUCUUGAAGCAUCUCAAGGUAGGGCCAGGAGUGUCCCCUUGUCUCAAACCCCGGGGAGCUGCUGCAGGUCCCUAUAGAUAAGACUGAGCCAGGUGGACCUGUGGUCUGAUUUUGUAUAAGGCACAUUCUGUUAAUCCUAGUUGCCCUGGGCUGGCACAUGGAGAAGCUGCGCCUCCAUAGAGAAACUGCCCCUUUUCAGUGUUUGGAAUGAUCACAUCUUUAUGCUAAGGCACUAACUCUGGGCAGUAACCACAGGGCCAGGAGUAAUAUCAAUAAUUUGCAUUUGUAAAUUAUUGGCCUAGUACCUUCUGGGUAGGGACCUGCCCUUAAGAUCCUGUUGUUUUGACCUGCAAAUUUAAUCAUGGUUAGAAAACAACAACCCUGAACUUGGCUUCCUUGCUCCUUUCAAAGACCCAGGUUGACUCAAUAGCUUGGCUGAGCCUGGCUGGAGAACAGGGUGGUGGGCAAAUGUCUGGGCAAUGGCAGCCUGGAUGACUGACUGCCUAAUCAGCAGCUAAUUCUAGCUCCUCCUCCUGCCCUUUCCCCUUCCAGAAUCCCACUGACUUGAGUGGAUAAGCCACUAAAUGGCUGGGAAAACACUGUGGGUGUGGGUGUCUUUUUGCCAUCAGUUAAAGAGCUAAACAUGCUGUAGAAAAACUGGGGGGGGGGCUCAUACAUCACCAUUGACACCCCCAUGUUUUGGAAGAUAUGUUCACAUCUUAGCAAGGAAAGCUGGAAGUGGUUCUCUUCUCUGCUGUUCCUGAGUGGAGCAAAGGGGCCUGUGGAACCCAAUGCAGGUUUACUCACAAGUAAGUUUCACUGACUUCAAGGGAGUUUACUCCCACAGGAUUGCGGCUUGAGAGAACCUUCCACAGUCGCCGGCAGUAGCUCAGUGACGGAGCCCCUCCUUUGCAUGCAAAAGGUCCUGUGUUCAAUCCUGAGCACCUCCAGAUUGGGCUGGGAGCAAACCCUGCCUGAAACCCUGUCGCUGUCACUGAAUGUAGAUGAGAGCAAUGGUCUUGACUCUAUAAGGCUGCUUCCUAUGUUUCUGGGUGGCACAGGUCUGGCUUGGGUUUUUGGAUUGGUCAGCAGCCACCUCUGCCUGUGAACUCAGCCUCGGCACAAGUGUGACUUUCCCCCCAGGUUGCUGUCUAAGAAUCUUACUGGAAAUACAUAAACCCACUGAUCACCAUUAGUAAAAACCACUGUAUUUCCAUCUGACCACAGGACAGGAACUUAGCCCUUAAAACCAACAAACUAGAAUAAGAAAUUGCACAGCUGCCCAUUCUCAGCAUCCCUCUGGAGCACCCACAAGAACUGCCACUGGGGGUGCAGUACUGGGACUUGGAUGGUAGAAUCCCAGUAUGCAUGCCGAAGGCUCCAGGUUUAAUCCCCAGGACUGAGAAACAGCCCUGUCUGCAGCACUGGAGACCCACAACCAGAGAUGGAGGGGAGCCCCCAAUGGUCUUAAGUCCAUGUAAGACAGCUUUCUGUGUUUCUGAAUAGACUUGAGAGGGUGGUAGAACACCUGCACUGGACUGCGCUUCCCCUAUAUUUUAAGGCCACCCAAGUUGGUGGCCAUCACUGCCUCCUGUGUAGAGGAGUUCCACAGUUUAACAAUACACUGCAUGAAGAAGGACUUCCUUUCAUCUGUCCUCAAUUUUCCAACAUUCAGCUUCAUUCAGCAUGAGACCUCUUCCUAAACGAGGCUCCACGCAUAGCCUUGUAUAGCCUUUUCUGGCUUGUCCAAACUCUUGAUGGAGCUUUUCUGAGGCAGCUACAGGGCAUUUGUAAGGCACGCAGAUGGCAAAGCUUUUUCAGCUUGAGGGCCAGACUGAAGAUUCGCCACCUCUGUAAGGGCCACAUGCCAGCGUGUGCACACUCGCCCAGAUGGACCCAUCACAGAGCCUGCACGCUUAUGCACACGCACAAACACAUCAAUUUUUCUCUCUGGGGCAACACUGGCAUAGGAAGGUCUUGGCAUCAUAUUCCACAGGGGAAGCCAUGCUAUUGAGCCACUGCUUGGGGCAGUGUGUGGAUGCUGGCAUAUGCAAAUGGUGUGGCCGUGCCGGUCUGAGAUUAGAAUGUAUUCUGUGCCAGGAGCAAUGGAAGAACAGGACAUGAGAUGAGUCUCAAAGGAGGAACAGCCUUUAUUGAUCCCCCUCAUCCCGUGACACUGGAAGCUCAGUUAUUAGCCAUGGUUUCAUCAGCCCAGGCACGGAGGCGGCUGACGCGGGCAUACACAGCAGGGGUGGUGGUUGAGCAGCGGCUGCUGCCCCAAGACACAAUGCCCACCAACUUCCAGACAUUGCCUUCCUGGCACACAAGGGGUCCGCCAGAAUCACCCUGCAAACAGAAGACAGGCAGUUUAGACUUUGGGCAGGUGGGAUGGGGUGGGGAGGCCUUCUGACAUAAUUCUCCCUCUAACUCUUUUUUAAGGAACCAGGCAAUCUUUUGGGGUGUUCACCCCCCACAUUCUCUAAACGUCGGUUUUGCAGUUUUGUGUUCUCCCACACCCACCUAUCACAUGCCUUGGAGAAACUACAGAUGAGUUGGCAAAUAUUCUUUUUCCUACCAUGUAUCCCUUCAGUUUGAGGGAAUCUCUGGAAUCACAAUCCCCUGGGCACUCCCUUUGUUGAUUUUCAGUAUUUUCUGUGUCUUCCUCCUGCGGGUUCCUCCCCACACCCUGAUUUCUGGCUAUUCUUGUUUUUGCAAUAAAAAUAAAUUGCCAUGCCAACCAGUCCAAUGUG